AUGCGGGACCUCCCAGCAGAAGUGUUUAUGGACAUCUUCGCACGCCUCUCACCCAAGGACUUGGUGCGAUCCACUUGCGUUUCUAAAGAAUGGAAGGCUACUAUCGAAGAUCCACAGUUGGCCAAAUCGCAUCUCCAACGCUCCAUCAAAACCAAAUCUCAUCCUACCAUUUUAAUUAUCUCAUCUAACCCGAUCGUCAACUGUUUUUCACUCAACUUUUCUGAGACCGAUACGACGUACGGUAAACGUUUGAUAAUCGAGCAGCCUUGGCAGCAUCCUCCUCGGUUAACUAGCGACAAAAUCUUCGGCUACUUUAAUGGUCUGGUUUGCAUGCACGACGGUGCAGGCUUUGGUUUAUGGAACCCUUCCAUCCAAAAGUUCAAGAGGAUCCACUCGUCGCCAUUUAGUAUGUUCCGGUUUGCAAAGAUCCAUGGUGGCUUCGGGUAUGAUUCGGUCAAUGUUGACUAUAAAUUGGUUAGUUUCGUGCACUUGAAUACGUUCUGCGCAGUGCACUCAUAUAGCCUAAAAUCUGGUGCAUGGAAAUCAAUUCAAGACUUGCCUCUCAAGGGUCUUGUAUUUGACUCACAGGGUGUGUUUUUACAGCGUGCUUUACAUUGGUUGACGCUUCAAGAAACAGAUGGUGAACGGAUGUUAAAUAUUCUAACCUUCGAUCUUGCAAGCGAGGAGUUUUGCAAGUUUCCUCUACCCGUCCAUAUAUUUCCUGCUCCCAUAUCUGAUCAGGUUUGUAGGUGUCCUAUUUAUUCUUUAGUAGUCGUGGGAGGGUAUCUAUGUAUUUAUCUAACGGAGAGUAGAUGUAAGGCUUGGAUUAUGAGAGAAUAUGGAGUGGUAGAAUCUUGGAGUAUGCUUUAUUCUUUUGAUGGGCAGGGUCACAAUUGCAAGCCUUUAUUGCUUUCAAGUUGUGGUAAAAUGGUACUUUUGGAAGAGAACUACAGCCGUCUUGUUUGGUACGAUCUACAUAAUGGGACGCGCAAAAUGUUUCAAAGUCCUAUGGCUCAAUCUUUUUCCACAAUUAUUUGUGAGGAGAGCAUUCAUCUUCUUGGAAGUUAGUAGGAGGUACAAUGUCUGAAGAUGUUUUGAAGUCUGGAAUUGAUCUUCUUUUUUUGCCGAAGUUGGGAAUAGGGAGGGGGGAAACUCACAUUGAUUGGAAUUGAUCUCUUUGAUUUAGGUGUUAUAUAUGUACUUCAAUCAUAUAGACCAAAUGACGGUUUCUUUUCGUAAAAUGUUGGAUGUUGAUUAUUUUUCUUUUAUCCAAGGACCUGCUAUUUUUUGGUCUUAGUAUAUAUGUUUUUUUUUAUUUGUUUCUUUUGUCUAAAGACUAAAUUCUGUUAUUGGCUGCUUGAUUUUCCUUUAUAUGAUGAUUUUCUAUUCAAAUGGUAUCGUGUGUAAGUUUUAGCAGGCCAGUGGGUGCGUAUCUUUAUUGUACUUGGACAUAAUGACAGAUUACAGAUAAAUAUAAUAAGCUUAUGGUUAUGGAUGAGAUUAUGUGCCGUGCAUCUAUUAGUGUCAUGAAUGUUCUGUGAGAAAUUUAAUAUUAUAUUUAAUAUUAAUUUUCUAUUUGAAUGGAAAUUAAUAAAAUUUAUUGGGUUAAAGACAUGACCCUUGGGUAAAGACAUCUUCAAUUGGGGGGUGACAACUCUUCAAACUAAGGGAUACAUUGUUUGGGGUGACAACUCUUCAAGACCAAAGGAUGCACUGUUUGCCUUUUCAGAUUGGGAUACCUUUUUGGAAAGGGUAUUUCAUCAUCUAUAAAUAGAGCAAUCCUCCUGCAGUUUUAUUCAUUCAAUCAAUUCUCUAGAUACAUACUUUCAUAUAUAGAGAGCAUUAGAGUUUGCAUAAAGAGAGUUUCCUGCAUAAUUUUGGUUCAAAGUUCCUUGUGAAUUGCAGUGCUUCUUUCAUAAGGAGGG